CAGUAAUGGAGAAGUUUUCGAAUUGGAGAGAUAAAGGAACGGGGAUCUCACCAUUCCUACCAGCACCAGUGCCUUCGGUGAACCCAGUGACCAGAUUCGUGGUUAAUCCCUUGGUGGUGUUGGUCAAAUUACCAAUUCUAACAAUUGUUUUAUUACUUUCGUUGAUUUUCCCAUUCAAGGCUUGGUACCAAUUUAUUGCUAAAUACUUGUUUUCCUUCCCAGAACUAAAUGUUUCGGUUCAAGGCUUCCGUAGAGGUGAUGUUAAGGCUUUACAACAAUAUAGUCCGAGACCAAAUCAGUUAUUUUUCGCUAAUUUCAUAAGUCCCUUGGAUCCAAUCUUUUUAUUACUUAUCUCGAAAGUUUCUUCUUGGAAGAAUGUUUCGUUUUUGAUUCCUUCAACUUCAAAUGAAAUAUACCUUUGUUCAAUGUUUGAUGCGGUAUUUUUCACUUUCCAAUCUCCAAAUUCAAAACCUGCCCGUUUCCAAGCAAUUAUCAAAGAUAUAAAUGCUUAUGUCAAUGCUAAUCCUUCGAAAGUUUGCUUUUAUUUCAUCGAAGGUACUACUUCAAAUAAUCGUGCAGUGUUGCCCUUGAUUUAUCCUCCAAUUACAACCACUACUAACUCAAUCAAUUCAAGAACUAUCAUGUUGAAACUUUCCCCCCAGUAUCUUACUCUACCAAUUCCAGUUGUGUCUAAAUUCGCUUACUUGUAUCGUUUAUUAAGUUUGCGUUCCCAGCAGAGCCUGGCCGUAUUCAGAAUCGUCAUCAAUGAAGGAGUUUCGAUUAAAGAAAGCGUGGUGUCCGCUUUAUUAAAUAACUCUUAUCCUCUUUUACAUCAUGAAAAUAUGUCUUUGAAAAGUAAAGAAGCUUUCUAUAAGUAUUACAUUGAUCAUAAAGUUAAAGCUGAAUAGUAUAUAUUAGACCUCUUUUCUUUUCUUGUGUUUACUGUGACGGUGUUUCUGUCUUUUCCUAUCGUCUUUAUUAAUAUACUCG